UCUAAUUUUGACAAAUGGAGGAUGAGAUUGCUGAGAUUGCCAACAAGUCAUUUGUUUUAUAUACAUUAACACCAUUAUUAAAAUUUCAUCUUGAGCCAAUUUCGGAUCGAGAAUUACAACUAAAAAUACAUGUUUGCACACAAUUAAAAUUAAAAGAUACAACUAGAAUAACUAGAACAACUCCAGGCAAAAAAAAUGAAGUUUACCUAGGUGAUCUAGUUGAUUUACACAUUGAACCUCUUUAUUUUGAUAAUGUAGCUAGUUAUGAUUCAACCAUUUUACCGUUAAAGAUCACAAUUGAAAUCAUGCUUUAUAAAGAUAAUCGUAACGUCACUCAUACUUUCUUCAUGUUACCUUCACCCUAUAUACCAAUGUAUGAAAAGAAGGCGGACGAAAAAACAUUUUAUCCAUUAAUACUGGUGAAGGCUACAUCUCGUAUCAAGUCUGCACUUUUCACUUGGUUUGAAAAACGUUAUUUUGCACUAUGUACACAGUUGUAUAUACCACCUAUCGUUAUGACAGACAUGGUGAAUAUUUGGAUUGAAUCAAUACAUAACUUACCAGAUGAAGAUGCCUUUGAAGAAAUACCUGAUAUGAUGACUAGACCACCACUCAUAUUAGAAUAUAAAACAGAUAUAAAUGAUUUAUCUGAUAUAAAAGUUUCAAUAAAUCAACAAGAUGCUAAAGUGAUAUGCAAAAAAAUUCAAGAUAGAAGAUUAUUCUUGGAAGCAUUUCAGGAUCAUAUAUUAAAAACGACAAGUGUUCGUUUAAGGAGUUUUACAUUUCAUCGUGUAUCCAAUUCACUUGCUACCUUGCGACAAGAUGGUUCAGUAAAAAUUAAUGGUCAUGCUUAUAAAAUAUUUGCAGUUCAGUUACUUCAAAGUUGGAUACAUUUCGCAGCACAAAAAGUAUAUAAACGUUAAGAAUUUACACAAAAGUGUUUCUUGUCUUUAGGUAAUACUUUAUGCUUCAUAACACCUUCUAUAAUUUUGUAUUAAAAUUAUCCUGAUCCGUCAAUCAGAGUAAAAUAAAAUAUUUUUAUAUUUUUGGAGAUCGUAAACUACGUAAAAAAAAAA